UUUCCAAUUUGGUUAGUUCAAAGAUGGCUGAAAACGUCAAAGAAGUGUGUAAAGACGAAAGUGAAAAGAAAGUAAAGAAAUAAAGUAUCAUAAAUUGUCCAUAAAAAUUAAAUAAUGUAAAUAUAUAAUCAAGAAAGUACACAAGGAAACGGAAAAGUUUUCAUGUUUUGCUUGGUCAUUCAACAGCAGCGCGAAGCCAAACAUAUGUGAAGCAGAGGGGAAAAUUUAUUUCAAAACACAUAUUUGGGGGAAAGAAAAUAUCCUUCUCCCCUUUGGUAAUUGAUAAUAUACAGCUGCUGUGCACACCUAAAAGGUUGACAAGACCCCCUUGGAAAGUGUUACAGCCAAGGACACACAUACAUACACACCAAAACAUUAGAAAUGGCAUCAACGAUGCAGCUGGAAUUCGCCCAGGCGAUGUCGGAUUUCAAAAUUAUGUUUCCCGACAUGGAUAGGGAUGUGAUUGAGGCGGUAUUGCGUGCCAACCAAGGAGCUGUGGAUGCCACAAUUGAUCAGCUGCUGCAAAUGUCAACAGAUAAUCAGAAUGAAAAACUACGCAACGAAUUGGAAAAUGUUUCGCCCCAAAGAAGUCUCAUCAAUUUGAGCGACAGUGAUACAGAGGCCGCCAGUCGUACUAACCGGCAACCAGCCACCGGGCAAUUAAUUGAUGUGGAUGAUAUUGAUGGCAUUAGCGGUGGUGGCGGUGGCGUCACUGGGCCUGUAGACAAAUCUCUGCCCUCCGCUGGAGUUUUAUUAAAUCUGGGCACUAAUUCACCAAAUCACAGCACAACAGGCGCCUCACCGAAAGUGAGACCGCCUGCCCAAUUGCAAUCUCAAAAAUCCUCCCAGGGUAGUACCCCCAAACGUAUGCAAACAAAUCGUAGCCAGGCUACAGGCAUCAAUCGACGAUGGAACCCACCCAUGUUGUUGCCUUUACCUUCAACAUUUUUACGACUCAAUCCCAUUGGCAGUGGUGGGGGCAAUACAAUUGCCCUGCCCUACGACCCCAAUCGAGAUUUCGAUUUACCCGAUGAACAGUUUGCCAUGAUGCUGCAAAAUGAGGAAUUCAUGAAUCAACUGCGCAUCAAUCAAGAAUUUAUGAAUGCCCUGGAAAAGGAGCAUGCCGGCAAGGGCAAGCCGGAUGGUGAUGCUGAUUUUAAGGAACGUCUAAAACACAUGGGAAAAAUGUCACGUAAGAAAUUCCUACAAAUGGCCCGGGUGUUUACUUGGCAGCGUAACAAAAAAGUAACCACAGCCAAGCAGAUUGAUUCGUUGCCAUUGAAAGAAGAGCCCAGCGACGAUGAGGAAAAUCAUCACCAUCAUCAGGCAAGGAAUAACAUCUCCGGUGAUCAUUCUCACACACAAAGUUCCCAACAGCAUCAGCAGCAACAACAACGUAAGUAAGUUUUCAAAGUGUUUGGCUAGCAGGCUACCAAAACAUCAAAAAAGAGCCCCAACAAAGAAUCGUUGAUGGCAGAGUAUUCCUUGAGACAAAGAAACAAAAAAAGCAUAGAAACGAACAAAAGCAAAGUGUAGAAAUUUCUUAAGAUUGCUUAUCAUUAUAAUUUAAUUUGUUAUCAUAAGGCUUGUUAUAAUUUUUAAUUAUGUUUAUUUUUGGAUAAAAUCAAAUCUCAAAUGAAACGCAAUUAUACUACUAAGGCAGGCAUACAUACAUAGUAACAUGUAGGUAUGAACGUAAGAUACUUCACAUACAUUAUCGAAAUGUUGUUGUUUAGCGUAAACAAAUGUAUAUCGCAUAGAAAGAAACAAACUAAAAAGACGUUAACACGGGAAUCUCAUUUUUCUCCUUUGAUUUUUUUUUAUAUUAUUUGUGUCAUAUUGUAAAACAUUCGAUAUUAGAUUUUAACUGGCAACUCUUUUUUCUUCUUGUACCAACUAACCUUUUUAUAAACGAGUAUAUAUUUUGAUAUAUUUUUAUCUCAAAGUGUCAUUGAAUGGAAUUUUGAACAUCACAAUUAUUUUUAUUUUUUGAUCUGAGUUUAUUUUGCUUCCUCUACUGUAGAACUAUAAGAUCUAUAGUUUAUUUUAAAUGAUUUACUAUAAUUUGUGCAAUAUAAAUGCAAUAUUUUACUAUUUUUUGUUUUAGUUUUAUGAUUUUUUGUAAAUAUUUUCUGCUUUUUUUGUUAAUUAUUUUUUUCUUGAUUUUUUUUUUUUUUUUUGUUGUAAAUAAAGUUAUAAUUUGAUUAUAUAUAUAUAUUGGAAUUAAUAAGUGUAGAUUUAAAUUAUUUUUGAUGGCCUUAAAUCUAGAGUUCCACACAAAGGGUUUCGACUGAUUUUGGGGUAAAUUAUAUAGUAUAUUUGAAUUGUAUUUUUUUAGCUUAUAAUUUAAAAACCCACACAAAAUUAAGACUAAAUCCAAGUCUUAGGGCCAAUCAAAAUCUUAAAGAGAGACAAAUUUUGAUUUUUGAGUAUAUAAUUUAAGAGUCAAAUUAAUUAGAUAUUGACGUUAUUUGGCCAUUUAAUUUUCCUCCAUUACAAUUAUCCUUUUUUAUACCCUCCACCAUAGUAUGGAGGGUAUAUGAUGUUUGUCAUCCGUUUGUGACACCUUGAAAUAUACAUUUUAGACCCCUCAAAGUAUAUAUAUUCUUGAUCAGUAUAAAAUUCUAUGUCGACUUAGCGAUGUCCGUUGGUCUAUCCGUCUGUGGAAAUCACACUAGCUUCCGAGCGAAAUGAAGUAGGUUGAUAGCAUUUUACUCAAAUGUGUAUUAUGUCUGAAGGGCUUUUGGUAUUGAAAAUGGGUAAUGUAGGUCCACGUUUAGGUAUAGCCCCCAUAUAAUGGUGCCCCCCUUUUUUCGGUGUUUUGAUGAUUUUAGCGACAUUAUUUACCGGAAUUGUUUCAAAUUUGGUGUUUGAAGUUCGGAAUGAAUACUACAGCCUAUGACAGAAAAUUUUCUGUGCAGGUCCACGUCUUCGUAUAGCCCCAAUAUAACGGAACCUCACUAUAUUCGGUAUUCUGAUGAUUUUAGCUACAUUAUACACCGAUUUUUUUUUAAGUUUCGCAUAUGAAUAUUGUAAAGUCUUAUGACAGAAAUUACCUAUGCAGAUCCAUGUCGCCGUAUAGACCCUAAUAUUGCAGCUACAUUUAAGAUUGUAACCGAAUUUUUAACAUAUUUUAUUGUUUUUGAGAAUUGCAAAAUUCGUUCCAAAUGGUGGAGGGUAUUCAAAGUUCGGCCCGGCCGAACUUACAGCUUUUUUACCUGUUUUUUUUAAUGUUUAAUGAUCUUUCCAAUUUAUGAAUUGUUAGUAUCUUUGUUUUUAACUUAAGUAUACAUCGUUUUGAUAAUGCAGUAUUGUAUUUCAUAAAUCUGUGAUUAAAAAAGAAAUAUUUUCUAAAUUUUACUACUCAGAGUAUCAAAAUAUUUUGUUCACAUUUUCUUGCAUAUAUUUUGUUACUAAUCUAUAAUUAUUAACAUUAUAAAAAUGUUGGCUUAAAUUCCCAACUAAUAAAUAUUUUCUAAAAUAAUCUCCAUUUUUCCCGAAUUAUGCUCCUGCUUUUGAAACUAUCACACAUCCUGAGUUAAGUAUAACAUAAACUAUAUAAAACCCGUUAUAACUUAUCAGUAAAUUAUGUCAAUAAUAUUAAACAAAUAAAUCCCAAAAAAAA